GGGCAGCAGUCAGCGAGUGUGGAGUCUGCAGAGGCCUGGCCACAGCACAGCCCUGAGCCUCGGUCCCCCGAAGCCACCUCGGGGUGACUGACCAUAGACUGACUUACGGGAGGGGACCCUGGCCUCAGUGUCGGCCAAAGAACCAUGCAGUCACCGAAGAACAGAAUUCCACCCACAGAUGCACCCAGGUCCCCAGCCCCACAGCCUUGGGGAGCAGGGCUUCUGUCCGUUGGGGUCACUCCCGUGUGCCCGGCGCUGAGACCCGGGAGGUGCCGGACAUGCGUUUGCAAAGGGAUGACUUUACCCGGCGGGGGGCACCUGUGUGCAGAGGAGCCUGCCGUCAAGUGCUGCUCAGAUGCCGCCUCACCUGGUGCCUGUGACGGACGGGGCACCGCAUCCUGGCUGGUGGAGGAGCCCGGGGCUCAGAGUGUAAGCUGACCCCGACUGGCCAGGCUGCCCCGCCGGAGACCCAGCCCAGGCCAAGGGGCCACAGGCUGCCGGUUCCCAAGGCUCCGUCUGCAUCCCUCUCUGAGCAGGGCACCCCGUGCCCCGCUGCGUCCCAAGGACUCCUCAGGCAUGCUCUCAGGGUCACUCCAACACCAAAGCAAGUACCUCCCUGUUCACCCUCCCCCGGGCCCCUCCCAGGGGAGCCCUGAGCAAACAGAAGGGCCAGCCUUCAGUCCGCACUGGCCGCACGUCGAGGUGGGGCCCCGGGAGGGCAGAGCUGUGGGUGUGAGGCGUAGGAGGGGAGCCUCCUGUAAAAUGGGGCGAGCCCUGAGGCCCCCGCAGCCACUGGACGGCGGGCCAGGGCUGCGCAAGCACGUCCUCGCUUCCUGGCACGAAACGGCCCAGGCCCACCUCCCACUUUCUCUCCCCAAACCCGGAUCAGCCACUUCUCCAAGGACACGGUGUGAGCAAAGACACCCCUGCCUGUUCUGCUGGCGCUCGCGAGGGUGUGGGGACGUCCCCAGAGGCCACGUGGCACAUCCACGUGUGACGAGCCUUCCGAGCUCCAGCUGCGUCCCUGCACGGCUGGCCUUUCUGCGCGGAUGCCAACUAGCAUGACACGCACCUCGGAGCGACUGCGGGGUGGCGGUGACCGUCCCACGUCUCCCAGGAAGCCAGACAGAAAAAGAUCUGCACUCCCCGCUCUUUUCACAAAGGUUUUCUUUUUGAAAAAGAGUUGUUUUUCAUAAAGCAUUGCUAUUUAUGUUCAUGUGCAGUAGGUUUAGUUUUGUUAUUUCUAAGUGAAUUGAUAAGUAUUCCAAGCAUUUCCAUUAGGAUCUCAAACACGGUGAGAUCGAUGGAUGUCACCCACACAAACAGAAGCUCCUUGUGGGUCUCAGUGACUGUUCAGAGUGUAAGCGGUCCCGAGAUCACAGUGUGUGAGAACCGCUGCGUUGGGCUCUGCCGGGAGCCUGAGGACCCGCAGUCUGGACGCGGUGCUCACGGCCGCUUCCCGGCCGUCGUGUUGUUUACUUGGAAUGCGGUUCGCUCACUUGCUUUGUCUGCGUUCUAUUCUUGUGGGUUCUGUUUAUUUUUCUCUCUUUUUUGGAAUGUGUAAAACAUUAACGCGGUUUCAAAACUCCGAAUGCUUCCUUUUAAGCUUUAAAGCUCCCUGGGCGGUUCUUACAAGCCAGACCACCCCACUGUCCUUGUCCUUCCCGGCUCCCAGGCCCCGUGAUGAGGGUUCUGGAAAUGUUCUCCUGACAGGGAGCAGAGAUAAGAAUCCGCUGGCAUCUUCUUCCGUAUGCCAGGCAUCCUUGGAGCUCUUCCCCAUGCAGGGAAGUUGGGGGGCCCGGGGUCACCUCCUGGCCCUUGGGGAAGGCGGCCUCAUGGCUUGGACUCCCCUCGGGGGGACGGUCCAGAUGCCCUGGCCACGGCGUGGACAGCGUGGCUCCCCCAUGCAGCUCUGCACGCGGGAAGAAGGCAGCUGUGUCCGCUGAACCCAGGACCCCUGCUUCCCCGCCCGCCCCCAGCACUCGGACAGACGGACAGAUGUCAGGCCUGACUGUGGCCCCCACGUCCCAACCUGCCCUGCAGGCAGUGCACGCUGGCGGCCCUGGCCCAGCUCUCUUCCCAGCUGCUGGCUUUGGCACCCCCUCCGGGGAGACACCAGGGAGGGCCUGAUGGGAAAGGAGAGAACUGGGGGGAGAGGGGGGGCGGGAGGAAAAGACAAAGGAAGGGGUGCGGCGAGUGGCCGGCGCCCGAGGGAGGAGUGACCUCAGCGCUGAAGCAGCAUCUGCUCGCGUCAGAGCAGGCGGGCGGCCAGGCCAGCUCCAGCACUGAGGUCCCUUUCUCUCCCUCUCCCCGCGUCCUAUCUGCCGCUCCUCUCCGGCGGCCACGGUGGCGGACCUGGGGCCUCAUUGGCCGGCCGGGUGCCGCGUCUGCAGCAUAAAUUGGAGCUCUGGGCUCUUGCUGGGACUCUUGCUCGGCUGCCCACAGCCUCCAGUCGCUCUUGCUGGGUGAUGGGAACCCCGAGUCCGGCUGCCCCCUGGGGCGGAGCCCUCUGGGCCCUCCUCCUGGCCACACUUGGCUGCUCGGCCGGCCAGCCGCUGGGGGGAGAGUCCAUGUGCACGGCCCAGCCCCUGGCCAAGUACAGCAUCACCUUCACGGGCAAGUGGAGCCAGGCAUCCUUCCCCAAGCAGUACCCGCUGUUCCGCCCACCCGCGCAGUGGUCAUCCCUGCUGGGGGCAGCGCACAGCCCCGACUACAGCCUGUGGAGGAAGGGCCAGUAUGUGAGCAAUGGGCUGAGGGACUUCGCGGAGCGCAGCGAGGCCUGGGCACUGAUGCGGGAGAUGGAAGCUGCCGGGGAGAAGCUGCAGAGCGUGCAUGGCGUGUUCUCGGCCCCAGCCGUGCCCAGCGGCACCGGGCAGACGUCCGCGGAGUUUGAGGCCCACUCCAGGCACUCGCUCGUGUCCUUCGUGGUCCGCAUCGUCCCCAGCCCCGACUGGUUCGUGGGCAUCGACAGCCUGGACCUGUGUGACGGGGGCCGCUGGAGGGAGCAGGUGGUGGUGGACCUCCACCCUUACGAUGCCGGGACCGACAGCGGCUUCACCUUCUCAUCCCCCAAGUUCGCGACCGUCCCGCAGGACACGGUGACCGAGAUCACGGCCUCCUCUCCCAGCCACCCCGCGAACUCCUUCUACUACCCGCGGCUUAAGUCUUUGCCUCCCAUCGCUACGGUGACCCUGGCGCGGCUCCCGCACAGCCCCAGGGCCUUCCCGCCCGCCCCGGGCUUCGGGGGCGGGGGCAACGAGGUCGCCGACAGCCUGCCAGCUCCGGAGACGCCGCUGGACUGCGAGGUGUCGCUGUGGUCGUCCUGGGGGCUGUGCGCAGGCCCGUGCGGGCGGCCCGGGGCCAAGAGCAGGACGCGCUACGUCCGUGCGCGGCCCGCCAACCACGGGGCGCCCUGCCCGGGGCUGGAGGAGGAGGCCCCGUGCGUCCCCGACAACUGCGUCUGACGCCGGGGCCUCCGAGCCCCCUGAGCCCCGCCGCCGGCGACCUCCGCGCAGAGACUGGCACCUGGCCCGGCGGCCGCGCUGCACGAGAGGCACACCCCGGCCGUGAAAUACCUCAGACCUGGUCGCCAGGCAGCCGCCCGGGGCCGCCGGCUCGCCGGCGCGAGACCAACACCUGCCUCCUCGCGUUCCCAUCCCAGCUCUUGAAUAAAGACCAGCAGGAGACCU